AUAAAAAACGAAAACAGCACUAUUGUAUUGAGUUGGGGAGUUUCAGGGCUGAUCCAGGAAAAAGAUAGGACCACAAGGUGGCAGUAGCACAUAAGGAACUUGGUUGGGAUAGCAUUUUGACAAGAUUGCAUGCGAGAAUGGAAUCUAAUUCACAUCAAGAUGGGGUGCCUAGACCAUCUUAUGUUUUUAGUGCUGACCCAAUUGCAAGGCCUUCGGAAAUAAAUUUUGAUGGCAUUAAGCUUGAUCUCUCUCGUGAAUUUUCCUUAGUUGCUUCAAGCACUGAGGCAAACAGUUUGGAAUCCAAAGAUUAUCUCCAGGUUUGUCUUCGAAUAAGACCAUUCACACAGUCAGAAAAAGAACGUGAGUCUGAGGGCUGUGUGUAUAUUCUGGACUCACAGACUGUUCUGCUGAAAGAUCCUCAAAGCAUCCUUGGUCGGUUAAGUGAGAAAAGCUCUGCACAGAUGGCACAGAAAUUCAGUUUUUCCAAAGUUUUUGGCCCAAAAACUACACAGAAAGAAUUCUUCCAGGAUUGCAUUAUGCAGCCAGUAAAAGACCUGUUGAAAGGACAAAGUCGGCUAAUUUUUACUUAUGGGCUAACCAAUUCAGGAAAAACAUAUACAUUUCAAGGCACAGAAGAAAAUGUUGGCAUUCUGCCUCGAACUUUGAAUGUGUUAUUUGAUAGUCUUCAGAAAAGACUAUAUACCAAGAUGAACCUUAAACCACAUAGAUCCAGAGAAUACUUACGGUUAUCACCAGACCAAGAGAAAGAAGAAAUUGCUAGCAAAAGUGCAUUGCUUCGGCAAAUUAAAGAGGUGGUUAUGCAUAAUGACAGUUGUGAUACUCUUUAUGGAAGUUUAACAAAUUCUUUGAAUAUCCCAGAGUUUGAAGAAUCCAUGAAAGAUUGUGAACAAGCUAGCUUGAAUAUGGAUAAUAAUAUAAAAUUUUCUGUGUGGGUUUCUUUCUUUGAGAUUUACAAUGAAUGUAUUUAUGACUUGUUUGUUCCUGUGUCAUCUAAGUUCCAAAAGAGAAAGAUACUACGCCUUUCCCAGGAUAUAAAGGGCUAUUCUUUUAUAAAAGAUUUACAAUGGAUUCAAGUAUCUGAUUCCAAAGAAGCGUAUAGACUUUUAAAACUAGGAAUAAAGCACCAGAGUGUCGCCUUCACAAAACUGAACAAUGCUUCCAGUAGAAGUCACAGCAUAUUCACUAUUAGAAUAUUACAGAUUGAAGAUUCUGAAAUACCUCGUGUAAUGCGAGUCAGUGAAUUGUCUUUGUGUGAUCUUGCUGGUUCAGAACGAAGCAUGAAGACACAGAAUGAAGGUGAAAGGUUAAGAGAGACUGGGAACAUCAACACUUCUUUAUUGACUCUGGGAAAGUGUAUUAAUGUUUUGAAGAACAGUGAAAAGUCAAAGUUUCAACAGCAUGUGCCUUUCCGGGAAAGUAAACUGACCCACUAUUUUCAAAGUUUUUUUAAUGGUAAAGGGAAAAUAUGUAUGAUUGUCAACAUCAGCCAAUGUUGUUUUGCCUAUGAUGAGACACUCAAUGUGUUGAAGUUCUCAGCCAUUGCACAAAAAGUUUGUGUUCCAGACGCUUUAAAUUCCUCUCAAGAGAAAUCAUUUGGACCUGUCAAGUCUUCUCAAGAUGUAUCACUAGACGUUAAUAAUUCAGAUGAUAAAAUAUUAAAUGUAAAAAGAGCCACAAUUUCAUGGGAAAGUGGUCUAGAAGAUCUAGUGGAAGAUGAAGAUUUGGUUGAGGAUCUGGAAGAAGCUGAAGAAAACCAAAAUGUGGAAACUGAACAUGCUGAUGAACAUCUAGAUAAAACAGAGGAAGAUAAGGCUUUCAUUGGCCACGAGGAGAAGAGAAAACUGUUGGAUUUAAUAGAAGACUUGAAAAGAAAACUGAUACAUGAAAGAAAAGAAAAGUUAACAUUGGAAUUUAAAAUUCGUGAAGAAGUUACACAGGAGUUUACUCAAUAUUUCGCUCAACGUGAAGCUGACUUUAAGGAAACUCUCCUUCAGGAACGAGAAAUGAUAGAAGAAAAUGCUGAAUGUCGUUUGGCUAUCUUCAAGGAUUUGGUUGGUAAAUGUGAGACUCAGGAAGAACCAAUGAAUGAAGAUCGUGCCAUGAAAGUUGAAACCGAAGAAGCACAUAUUUAUGUAGGAAUUGAAGAUAUUAUUGAUUCUCUUCAAGAUGAUGUCACUGAUAUUAAGAAACAGGCUGAAAUUGCUCACUUAUAUAUUGCAUCUCUUGCUGACCCCCAGGAAGCUAUUGCUUGUUUAGAACUAAAGUUUAAUCAAGUUAAAGCUGAAUUAGCUAAAACCAAAGAAGAAUUAAUCAAAACCCAGGAAGAGUUAAAAAAGAGAGAAAAUGAAUCAGAAAUUAACUUAAAUUCAUUGGUUCAAGAGCUUGAGGAAUCUAAUAAGGAGAAGGCUGGUACAUCUUCUUUAAUAAUAAACAGUAAAUUGGCUUGUAAUGAAACAGUUGAAAUGCCUAAGGACAGCAAGAUGAAAAUCUAUUUAGGAAGAAAAAGAUUAAAUGAAAAUGAACUUCAACAAGAUGAACCACCAGCAAAGAAAGGACCUAUACAUGUUAGUCCAACUGUCACUGAAGACCAAAAGAAAAGUGAAGAAAUGCGACAGAGCAUUUCAGAAGAUGAGGAAGACAUUAGAGUUUUACAAGAAAAUAAUGAGCUGAAAACACAUUUACUCAUUGUUGAGAAUGAACUUAAAAAUGAAAAGGAAGAAAAAGCGGAAUUAAAUAAACAGAUUGUUAGUUUGCAACAGGAACUUUCUUUUUCUGAAAAAAAGAGUUUUACUUUAAGUAUAGAAGUCCAACAAAUUCAGUCCAAUUAUGACAAUGCAAUUUCUGAAUUACAUAUGCAGAGAGGUAUAAAUCAAGAACAGGAGGAAAAGGUCAUGAAAUUGUCAAAGGAGCUAGAAACCACUAGAAGAAACAUCACAAAUAAUGUUUCACAAAUAAAAUUAAUGCAAGCAAAAAUAGAUGAACUACGUACACUUGAUUCAGUUUCUCAGAUCUCAAACAUAGAUUUACUCAAUCUCAGGGAUCUGUCAGGUGGUUCUCAAGAGAAUAAUUUGCCAAAUACACAGUUACACCUUUUGGAUAAUGAUUAUUUGGUAAGCAAGCAGGUUAAAGAAUAUCAUAUUCAAGAACUCAGUAGGGAAAGUUCUUUCCACUCUCGUAUUGAAGCCAUUUGGGAAGAAUGUAAGGAGAUUGUAAAGGCUUCUUCCAAAAAAAGUCAUCAGAUCCAGGAACUGGAGCAACAAAUUGAAAAAUUACAGGCAGAAGUAAAAGGCUAUAAGGAUGAAAACAAUAGACUAAAAAUAGAGGAGAGGGACAAUAAAAAUCGAGAUGACCUACUAAGAGAGAAAGAAAGUCUUAUACAGCAGCUGAAAGAAGAAUUGCAAGAAAAAAACAUUAGUCUUGAUUUGCAAGUACAGCAUGUAGUUGAAGGAAAGAGAGCACUUUCAGAACUUACACAAGAUGUUGCUUGUUAUAAAGUGAAAGUAAAGGAACUUGAAGCAAUCUUAGAAACUCAGAAAGAUGAAUGUAGCCGUUCAGCCAAGUUAGAGCAAGAAAUUUUGGAAAAAGAAACUAUCAUCUUAAACCUAGAAAAAAAUCUAAAGGAAUUUCAAGCAAAUCUUCAGGAUUCUAUCAAAAACACCAAAGAAUUAAGUGAAAGGGAAGUUAAGUUAAAAGAAGAAAUCACACAUUUAACAAAUAACCUGCAAGAUGCAAAGCAUUCACUUCAAUUAAAGGAAGAAGAAAAAGAAACCAACUGGCAAGAAACAGAAAAGUUGAAAGAGGAGCUCUCUGCCAGCUUUGCUCUUACCCAGAAUCUGAAAGCAGAUCUUCAGAGGAAGGAAGAAGAUUAUGCUGAGCUGAAAGAGAAACUGGCUGAUGCCAAAAAGCAGAUUGAGCAAGUACAGAAAGAGGUGUCUGUUAUGCGUGAUGAGGAGAAAUUACUAAGGAUUAAAAUUAAUGAACUAGAGAAAAAGAAAAACCAGUGUUCUCAGGAAAUAGAAAUGAAACAGCGAACCAUUCAGCAACUCAAGGAGCAGUUAAGUAAUCAGAAGGUGGAAGAAGCUAUACAACAGUAUGAGAGAGUGUGCAAAGAUCUAAAUGUUAAAGAGAAAAUAAUUGAAGACAUGCGAAUGACACUGGAAGAACAGGAACAAACUCAGGUAGAACAAGAUCAAGUGCUCGAGGCUAAAUUAGAGGAAGCUGAAAGACUGGCCACAGAAUUGGAAAAAUGGAAGGAAAAAUGCAAAGAUCUAGAAACCAAAAGUAAUCGAAGUUCAAAUAAAGAACUUGAGGAUAACACAGAUGUACUUAGUAAACAACUCAGUAAGCUUCAAGAUGAGUUUCAGGAAUCUGAACAGAAAUAUAAAUCUGAUAGACAGAAAUGGGUAGAAGAAAAAAUGAUGCUUAUUACUCAGGCAAAAGAAGCUGAGAAUCUACGAAACAAAGAGAUGAAAAAAUAUGCCGAAGACAGAGAGCGUUGUUUAAAGCAACAAAAUGAAGUGGGCAUACUUACAGCACAGCUGGCAGAGAAAGAUAGUAACCUUCAAAAGUGGAGAGAAGAACGGGAUCAACUGGUUGCAGCUUUAGAAAUACAGCUGAAAGCACUGAUCUCUAGUAACAUACAGAAAGAUAAUGAAAUUGACCAAUUAAAAAAGAUCACGUCAGAGGCUUCUAAAACAGAAGAACAAACUAUGGCUAUUAAGCACAGACAUAUGAGUUCAAUGGAUCCUGGCAGAGUUGAAACUGAACCUCAAACAACAAGUUUUGAAAUUUCCACGAAUGAAGUAGAGGAUGGAUCUGUAGUCCUUGACUCUUGUGAAGUGUCAACAGAAAAUAAUCAAACUACUCGAUUUCCCAAACCUGAGUUAGAGAUUCAGUUUACACCUUUACGGCCAAACAAAAUGUCAGUGAUACACCCUGGUUGUACCUCACCAGUGACAGUUAAGAUUUCCAAGACCCGGAAGAGGAAGAGUAAUGAAAUGGAGGAGGACUUUGUGAAAUGUGAAAAUAAGAAGAAUGCUACACCCAGAACUAAUUUGAAGUCCCUUAUUUCUGAGCAUACAGAUUCCUCUGUUGAAAAGGAACAAAAGGUUUCCACACGUCCAUCAUCGAAGAAAACAUAUUCUUUACGGAGUCAGGCAUCUACAAUUAACACAAACUUGGCCACUAAGAAAAAAGAAGGAACGCUACAGAAAUUUGGAGAAUUUUUACAACAUUCUCCAACAAUUCUUCAAGCAAAAGCAAAGAAGAUAAUUGAAACGAUGAGUUCUUCAAAGCUCUCAAAUGUAGAAAUAAGUAAAGAAAAUGUAUCUCGACCAAAACGGGCCAAACGGAAAUUAUACACAAGUGAAAUUUCAUCUCCUAUUGAUAUAUCUGGCCAAGUGAUUUUGAUGGAUGAUAAAGUGAAGGAAAGUGAUCAUCAGAUUCUCAAACGACGACUUCGAACUAAAACAGCCAAAUAAAUCACUUACGGAGAAUGUUUUAAUAUAAAUUUUAUAGUCAUAAUCAUUGUAACUUGCAUCCUGGCCUUAAUGAUAAUUGUAUAUGAUGCAUUAAAUCUCUCUGUAUAUACAUUGCUAUUUUAUACAUAGUAUAAUUUUGAUUCAAUAAAGAAUAU